AUUCACUCUUGUGCAUCCCUUCAAUCAUUUAAUUCUCUUCUGCACGAGCACCGUGGUGUUCUUGCAUUCUUCACGACAGAGAUGUGUCGCCUGAGUCGCAAGGCAAAACCAUUGUUUGAAGAAUUUGCGCACGACAAAAACUCGAAUGGUAGCCCCGUCGCCUUUGUGCAGGUGGAUCUCAAUUCCUCGCGUGAUACAGCUGCAGUUGGCAUCGAGUUUGGUGUCCGCGCCACUCCCACAUUUCUGUUCUUUGUAGGAGGAAUGAAGGUAUAUGAAAUACAAGGAUGUGAUGCUCAACAACUACGAAUGCACCUUGCAAUGUUUUUACAUCCAGGUUUGCCAAAUUCAAUUCAUCCACACUUAGCGGUAUCCUUUUUGGCUAUGGAAUUGUUGGGCCUCAAACCCAUUAGAUUCAAUCAUGUCCCCGAUCUCGCCGUUGUAUCUGCAAAACUGAGGGGUUACCUUGAUUCCGCUACAACCUGGUUUCCGCCUCUCGAUACCUCCCUGUCCAAAGUUGAUACCAUGGAAAUCCUAUUUGGGGCAAUGAUUCCGUACAUUGAGGCUUCCACCACCUCGCAAAGCUUGCCUUUGCAUCCUCUUUUCGAUCUUUGGCAUGACAUCACGAGCUGUAUGUCGUGGAAUAUGCCGGGGGACCAGCUAUUUCCACUGGUGGAUUUAUGGCGGAUAGCACUCCUCGAUGAAAAGGUCCCCUCCUGGUGCGCCGAUCGAAACGGUCUCGACAACCCCCUUGUGCUACUGUUGUCAAAGGCAUGCGAAUGGUCUUCGAGGAAUUAUUUGUUGACACUCCUUGGUAUGCUCUCCAACGCAUUCAUCAACAGGGCCUUGGGAUGGAAAAUUCUCCUGUCGGCGCAGAACAAUCUAGCCAUUCUGCUGGAACAUACUUUGGUUCAUAAAGAUCUUGAUAUCCGGAGAAAAGCAUCGAGCUUGGCUUUCAACAUUUUCGCGCGUCUGCAAGAGCUCAGAGUAGAGAAUCUAUGCAAGGGCGACAAAGAAGAAGCCGAUCAUUUGGAGAUGGAAUUGUCCCUUACCCUCCUGAAUGCAGAAUGGGAAGCGUCGAUCGCAUGCGCGCUUCUUGUGGCUAUCGAACGCGAGAGCGACGGUGAUAUAGUCCACCGUCAAGUCGCAGCAUUGGGACUUAUUGUCCGCUUUUCCCCUUUCAUCGAUCAUUUGUUGCGACUUCUCGGAGCCUUACACGCUCAAAGCAUCCUAAAGACUAAGCUCAGAGGAAACGGGGGGAAUUGGAAUAUGGAGGAAUCUGUCUGCGUGCUAUUGCAGGAAGUUGCUGAUAAACUGUGCCCUCCGGGUGUUUUCAUUUGA